CUCACAAAGGCGCGCUGAAAUCUUUUGAAUUUGUUGACACACCGCGAUUGUCGAAAGCCCAGUGUGUGGGUUUAGCAUGGCGCUCAUCUGCACAAAUACAACACAUCCUCAUCACCUGCCCAGCUAACCGGCCUGCUAACACUCUCGGAUGAACACUCACAGAAAUGAGUAGCGGGUAAAGUCUGAGCUCUCCAGCAGCAGAAAAUGAACGGGAAAGUCUUACCGGACACUCCUAUAGCUGUGGACUGUUGGCAGCUCCGCAAGUGCCUUCACGUCCGCCUGUUCUUCUUGUCCCACAUGCACUCGGAUCACACCUGUGGCCUGUCAUCCACCUGGAGCCACAGACCCAUCUACUGCUCCCCUCUUACCGCCAAACUCCUCCGGCUCAAACUGCAGAUCAAACAGAAAUGGAUUCGUCCUCUGGAGAUUGGUCAAGAUCACAUGCUAAUGCUUGAUGACCUUGGAAAAGAACGACUGACUGUUAAUCUAAUAGAUGCCAAUCACUGUCCUGGUGCAGUUAUGUUCCUUUUUCAAGGAUACUUUGGCACCAGACUCUACACUGGUGAUUUCCGUUACACCCCAUCAAUGCUCCGUGUGCCAUGUCUUCAAAACCACAUUAACAUUGAUGUUCUGUAUUUGGACAACACAAACUGUGACCCGACUCGAGCCUUACCUUCUCGCCAACAAGCCACACAACAAAUCAAACAGAUCAUCAGGGAUCAUCCUGGAUAUGCUGUAGUCAUUGGUCUUUACUCUCUGGGUAAAGAGUCCUUGCUGGUUGACCUUGCCAUGGAGUUUAAAACAUGGGUUGAGGUGGACAGAGAGCGCCUGGAAACCUUGCGUGUUCUGCAGCUCCCUGAUGUUUUCACCACAGACUCUGGUGCAGGUCGUAUUCGUGUGGUCAAUCAGUCUAUGAUCAGCGCUUCCAACCUAAUGGCAUGGAACAAACUGCAGUCUACCAUUGCUAUAUUGCCCACCAGCCGCCCUAUGGUCUCCUGCCACCCUAAUGUUUAUGUGGUGCCUUACUCGGACCAUUCUUCCUACCAAGAACUGGAGGACUUUGUCUCUGCCCUAUCUCCUAUUUCACUGGUGCCCAUAGUAGGCAACUGCCUGCCUUAUUUUUCUUCCCUCCUGAGCCCUCGCAAGAAGCCAAAAGCAGUGGUAAUUCCAGAGUCAGUCAAGCAGUACAUGAUGACCAACUCAAAUAUUCGAAGCUCAACAAAUGGCAUGAUCCAGAGAACCUCACGACCAGAGGUGCGAGGAGUGGUGUUUGACUCUCCAGAGACUAAAUUAAGCCAACCCAAUCAUGAUGACAUGGAUUCAAAUGAUACUGAGAUAGAUCAUGAUACUACAGACAGAAAUUCUGACUCUGAUUGCAUUCUUCUAGACAUGGGCACCAACUCCUACCAUAGAGAUAAUGACCAGGGCAACAAACGUUUGAAACUCAUCCGAAUUGAAUCUGAAGAUGUUGUGACGGUCACCAGCAGCCUCACCAUGGAUGACAAUGAAUCUGUUAGUACACGUAAAGGUAUAGGAUCGCCUGAUCCAAGCCUUAUAUACGAAUGUGAUCAUGAAAGUCCAACAAAAUCAUCCAAGGAAAAGAGUCCUGAAAUGGGCAGCACCAAUUCUGGAGAAAUGUGCUCUUCGAUGGACAGUAUGCAUGACCAGACCAGUCUUACCACUGCAGCUGCACUCACACUACCUAAUCCACAAUCAGUGACCUCUGCUAUCCCCAUCACUUUAGAGAGUGAGCAGUUUGAGCACUGGCUCCUUGAGAACUUCACCAUACCUGCUGAGGAACUCAAAGAAGGCCAGGUCUUGAGGGGACUUUGUGAAAAUUAUCGCCUUAAUCCCGUCGAUCUCCCUAAACCCGUGGGUGAUCCUCUUGAAGCUGCUAUAAAGCGCCUCAUGUCUAAUUGAAGCAUUUUUGGUGAUUUUAAUAACCACUUUUGCAGCUAGGUUUAUGUGAAUGGUUGAUUAUCAUGUAUUGUAAUGUGAACAGAAUUGUGGUUAAGUCUCCAAAUCAUUAGCUCUGUGCCAAGCAUUAAUUCUUUUACACAUUGUUAGCCAAAAGCUGUUGAAGACAUUAUUUUGCUGAUGUUAUUAUUCACAAUGUUUGUCAUAUAUUAAUGUUUGUUUUGCAUGCCUUUGUAUUCAUAUGUAGCAAAACUAAGCACUGUAUUGUGGUAUGUUUGUUUUCAGAUGUUGAAGAAAUAUCAUUAAAAUAGUUUCUUGUUUUUCAGGCUGA